AGCAUUAAAAGGUAUUGGAAGUUUCUGAAAAGCACUGCAGCUCACCAUUACCAGUCCUGUCCCUUAAAUGGUUGCCUCCACCUUUCUAUCACCUGGACACACAAGAUGUUUCAGAAACUUGCAGUGUGUCCAUCACCAAUUCUGCCAGCCAGCUCCUCAAGAGGAGACUUACCUAGUGUUUCAUUCGUCAAGCAUAUUAUUAUCAUCUUGAACUAAUUAUUCCUCUCCACAUGGCCUUCCUCCUGGUGUCAGCUUAUCUUCUGCUGACUCAUGCUCAGGGUGCUCCUGCUGAGAAUGGGGCCCUGCUGGAAACACUGAAGUCCCAAGUAGGAUUAUUCAGCAAUAAAAGCGAGCACUAUUCCGCACAGGUGAGACCUCCUGGCACAAGCCGGCGAAUACCUCAGACAAUCAUCAUAGGAGUUCGUAAAGGAGGGACGAGGGCUUUGCUGGAAAUGUUGGAUAUUCACCCUAAUAUUGUGGUGGCAGCUACAGAAGUCCACUUCUUCGACUGGGAUGAAAAUUAUGUGAAAGGAAUAGACUGGUAUAGGAGUCUGAUGCCAUUUUCUUAUGGAAAUCAAAUUACAAUUGAGAAAACACCAGGCUAUUUCACAUCGCCACAGGCUCCAGAAAGAAUUCAUGACAUGAACAGCUCUAUUAAACUGCUGCUCAUUCUGAGAGAUCCCACUGAGAGAGUUAUAUCUGACUAUACCCAAGUAUAUUACAACCGAGUAGAAAGCCACAAGCCUGUUCAGCUUUUUGAAGACAUUGUUAUUAAGAAUGGAGCACUUAACACCAAAUACAAAGCGAUUCAGAGAAGUCUGUACGAUGUUCAUAUGGAGAAGUGGCUCAAGCAUUUCAGUUUGGAUCAGAUUCACAUAGUGGAUGGUAACACUUUAAUCAAGGAUCCUCUUCCUGAGUUACAGAAAGUAGAAAAAUUUCUCAAUCUUCCUCCCCGAAUUAUGUCUUCUAAUUUUUAUUUUAAUCAAACCAAGGGAUUCUACUGCAUUAGAAGUGAUGGGAGAGAGAGGUGUUUACAUGAAUCCAAAGGGCGGCCCCAUCCUGUUGUCAACAAUACUGUUUUAGAGCAACUUUAUUCUUAUUUUAGAGAGCACAAUGCAAAAUUCUACAGCAUGGUUAAUCAUUCUUUUGACUGGCAUUAAUGAAUUUGGAACUGGUAGUUCUUGAAAAGGACCCAAGACAAACACUUUCAAACACCUUUGUAAACUACAGAGUAUAAUAUGAGAACUUAACAUACUGGUAAUAUGGGAGCAGACAAAACUGCUCUUUUGGAAUAACUUAUAUAUUGACUCAUUAUAAUGACACCCUUUAUAUAGGAAAAAAAUGUUCGAUGUAUUUGAUUAUUGUGGAUAAUAUUCUCAUCUUUUUUCUUGCAAAUGCAUUAACUUCAGUGGAUUUACUUUAAAACUCUUAAAAGCUUUGAGCUGUUUUGGAAAAAAAAAAAAAAGUGACUGCUUCCAACAUGUAAAAAGUGUAAAUAUUUGAAAGAGUAUUACUCUGACUGUUCUGUAUUUUGGGUUGUUAGUAUUUUUUUAUAUCAGACACCAUGAUAGUAGCAUUAUUUCUAGAAUUUUUCAUACAAUAAGUUAAAUACGUAUAUUGAAACAGGGGCAUACCUAGUGGUUCUAUUGAACUAAUUUCUAAUUUGUCAAUAAGUCAAACUUCUUAGUUAAUCAAUAAUAAAAGGAAUUUAUUUCACCUAUGAUUUUGAAUAGGUGGACCAGAAGCUCCCUGCCUGGAUGUCACUAGUAUUAAGUCACACUCUUAAGAGCUUGUGUUCGCAAAAACAAAAAGACCCCCCACCACCACUCCAAACCACGAGAGAAUAUGAACUGCUUGAAGAAGCUUUAGGGGAGGGUUCUGAAUGUAAAGACAUUCAGAUUCCAGGCAACCUCAAUUUACACUGUCAAUCUGUAUACUAAAAAUAAAUUCAUGAAUGCAAAAUAUUUGUUAAUAUCGCAAACUGUACAAAUGUUUGAUUUUAUAAGUCAAUGUCACUUUUCUCUUAAAUGAAAAAGACAAUUCCUCAUUGGUGCUACCAUAUUAUUUACGGUUGUUUUCUGUGACUGGUUGUUCUAGUUGUUUCCUGGCUUUAGCUAACGUGUCUACUUGGGCAUAUUGUUUCUUGAAGGAAAGAUAAAAUAAUGCUAUUUCCCUGCCUUCCAGAGCAUGGAAUAAUUUCUUUCUUUGCAAUUUCUCAUGCAGAUCAUGCUCAGAGGUAAAAGUAACUCUUUGUUAUAUUAUCUCAGACACAACAGUUUUCAAGACAUAUGCCAUAGCUCACAUAUAAAAAUCAUGUUCUAUAUUAAUGCGCUGGUAUUUUUUGUUUUUAAUAUUUUUGUUUGACGGUAUUGUGCUGGUCUCCUCCUUUUUUUCAUGGAACAACUGUUUUACUUUAUAUCAAUGCCAAAGAAAAAAAUCAGCUUGAAAUAUUGAGAGCCUCCUGCCAAAGAGAAGCAGCGC